AAUGGAUACCAGGUCGCGACUGGCGAAAGCUAGAAAAUUCGACCCUAUGGUCGAAAAUUCUUCUCCAAAGCGUACAAGAUCCUCCACUCCGUUAGGACGAAGUUCCAAAUCUGUAAGAUUUAACAAACACACGUUAGAAACCACAGUAGGAGGAAGUAGGAAGGAAGGAUAUACCAAACUUAAUAAUGCGGAAUGCUCUAUUUUUGAUAACACGGGUAUAACUGGCUCCCCGGAAAUUCGACGAUCGGCUCCUUACGAAAAUCCCUCUGCAUUGUUCCAUAUUGUCCCCUCCCCAAGUCGCAGAUAUACCCUAGACUCGUCAAUGAAACAGUUGGAAACCAUGAAAUCUGAUAGUCAAGAAGAUUGUCGAAUAGUAGUUGCUGUUCGUUGUAGACCUCUCUUGGAACGUGAAAAAGAACACGAUGCAAAAAUCGUUGUUAGUAUGCAAGAUAAUGAAACAACAAUCAGCCAUAAUUCGACAGUACACAAAUUUGUAUAUGAGCAUUCAUUUUGGUCAUGCGAACCGAAUCACUCUAACUUUUCUGACCAGCAAAGAGUCUACGAAGUUCUAGCCAAGCCUUUAAUUGAUGUUGCAUUUAGAGGCUUCAACACUUGCCUUUUAGCUUACGGUCAAACGUCAAGCGGAAAGAGUCAUUCUAUGAUGGGAGAUGAGAAAAGUCAAGGAAUAAUACCAAGAUUUUGCAUAGACUUUUUCAAACGAAUUUCUAAUUUAAGCGACGAUAUCAGAACCAAAGUUGAAUUAAGCUUUUACGAAAUUUAUAAUGAGAAAAUUCAUGAUUUAUAUGACGACGGAUACUCCUGUGGAAGAGUGUCUAAUACAGGAAACACACCAUCUAGAAAGAAUCUGAAAGUGAGGGAACACCAGACCUUCGGACCUUACGUUGAAGGAUUAACUUGUUAUAGUAUUGACUCAGCCGAUGAGGCUUUAAAUUGGAUAAAUGUAGGAUUGAGAAAUAGGGCUACAGCCAGUACAGGGAUGAAUGAUAAAUCAUCAAGAUCACACGCAGUUUUCACUUUGGUAUUAACGCAAUCGAAGGGUGAAACUAUUGAAGGGACUGUGCAAGAACAUAACGUUACUUCGAGAAUAAAUAUGGUAGAUUUAGCUGGAUCAGAGAGAGCCGCGGCAUCCGGUAGUACAGGUGAACGUCUUCAGGAGGGAAAGUCUAUAAAUCUUAGUCUGAUGACAUUGGGAAAAGUCAUCACACAGCUCUCCCAAAACCCUGAUAAUCAGAAAUCGCAGUCUAUAUAUAUACCUUACCGAGAGUCUCAGUUGACAUUUUUGCUAAAAGAUAGUCUUGGAGGUAAUAGUAAGACAGCAAUGUUAGCUACAAUUAGUCCGGCUAGUUCAAAUUACGAAGAAACCAUUUCUACACUACGAUAUGCACAAAAAGCAAGAAAUAUCGUGAAUGUUGUGAGAGUUAACGAAGACCAUCGAGUGUCUAUUAUUCGUAAACUCAUUCACGAGAAUAACAUGUUAAAGAAGGCAAUGGACCCUGAGACGAGAAGAAAGCUUACUGAGAAAACCAACAAUGAAAUACAAGCAAAUGUCUUACAGAAAGAAAUCGAUGAUAUGAAGGCUAAGUACGAAAGGAAAAUUAGUGAUUUAACCGCGUAUUAUGAAAAUCGAUUGGAAGAAAAACAAAAAAAGAACUCGAAAGUCGAUUCGUAUGAAAAAUUGAUAGAAAGUCUAAAAGAGGAAUAUGAAACGAGGUUUAAACGUUUGGAAGAAGAAAGUAAAUUGCAUAAAAGAAAGUUUGAAGACGAAAAGCAUAACUUAAAAAAUCAACAAAAUGACUUUGAGAGGAAGAUUAAAGAGUAUGAACUCAAAUUAGAAGUUUCGGAGGAAGAUAAGAAAGUUUACCAAAAGAGAUUUGAUGUUGAGUUGGAUGAUCAUGAAAAGAGGAUAAAAAGAUAUCAAAUGAACGAGAGCGAAUUGGAAGGUAAAUUGAAGGAACUCAAUGAAAAAUUAAGUAAGAUUGAAGAGGAGAAACGUCUAUAUGAAGAUCAAGUGCGGGAGGAGAGAAGACGAUAUCAGCGGAAAUUGGAGGAAGAAAGAGAUUUACAAAGACUUAAGAGAGGAGAAGAAGAGAUUCGAGAAAUUUAUGAAAGAAAAGUUCAAAAGUUAGAGGAAGAUAGACGUGUCUGCGAUGAAAAACUUGAAGAUCAGAGAAAACGUUAUCAAAGAAAGUUGGAAGAGGAAGAGAAAGAGAUAGAAAGAUUGAAAAAAAGAGAAUUGGAGACAGAAGAGAGUAGGAGAAAACUUUUUGAAGAGAAGCUAAAACAAGAGAAGGAAAUAUAUCAGACGAGAGUAAAGGAAUAUGAAGAAAAAAUUGUUUUAUUAAAAAACGAGAUAAAAAAUCAAGAGAGUAGUCGAGAAAGGAUAAAACAAGAGAGUGAAGAAGGAAAGGAACAGCUAAACCGUAAAAUAAAUAGUCUUGAAAGGGAGUUAAAAAAAGUAACCACUAAAUUUCUCGAAGUAAUAGAACUACUGAAAGCCGAACGUAAGUGUAUCUUCGACAAAGCCGAAGAAUGUAGGAGGGCAAGAGAACAAAAGCAAGGAGUAAGGUAA